CAGGCACUAAAAUGGAUCCACCAAUGACAGAAGGAGUGUCUCGUAUAUAAGCUGAAAGCUGAGGAGUAGCAAGCCGGGUGACCCCUAUUUUGGCUUUGGUGAAACAGAAUCUGAUCCCAAGGACUGUUACCGUUUUGUUGUCUCGUGUAAAGUAAAGCGCAACCAUGCCUUUCGGUAACACACACAACAACUUUAAGUUGAACUUCAAGCCGGAGGAGGAAUUCCCCGAGCUUUCGAAGCACAACAACCACAUGGCCAAGGUGCUGACCAAGGACAUGUAUGCCAAGCUCAGGGACAGGCAGACCCCCACUGGUUUCACCCUGGACGAUGUCAUCCAGACUGGUGUGGACAACCCCGGUCACCCCUUCAUCAUGACCGUUGGCUGCGUUGCUGGUGAUGAGGAGUCCUAUGAGGUGUUCAAGGAGCUGUUGGACCCAAUCAUCUCUGACCGUCAUAGUGGAUACAAACCCACUGACAAGCACAAGACCGACCUGAACUUCGAGAACCUGAAGGGUGGUGAUGACCUGGACCCCAACUACGUCUUCUCCAGCCGCGUCCGUACCGGCCGUAGCAUCAAGGGAUACGCCCUGCCCCCCCACAACAGCCGUGGCGAGCGCAGAGCCGUUGAGAGGCUGUCCGUCGAGGCCCUGAACAGCCUGGAUGGAGAGUUCAAAGGCAAAUACUACCCCCUGAAGUCCAUGACCGAUGCCGAGCAGGAGCAGCUGAUUGCUGAUCACUUCUUGUUUGACAAGCCCGUGUCCCCCCUGCUGACCUGCGCUGGUAUGGCCCGUGACUGGCCCGACGCUAGAGGCAUCUGGCACAACGACAACAAGACCUUCCUGGUCUGGGUGAAUGAGGAGGAUCAUCUGCGUGUCAUCUCUAUGCAGAAGGGUGGCAACAUGAAGGAGGUGUUCAAGCGCUUCUGCACCGGCCUGCAGAAGAUUGAGGCGAUCUUCAAGAAGCACGGCACAAGCUUCAUGUGGAACGAGCAUCUCGGCUACGUGCUGACUUGCCCCUCCAACCUGGGAACUGGCCUGCGCGGUGGCGUGCACGUCAAGCUGGAGAAGCUGAGCCAGCACCCCAAGUUUGAAGAGAUCCUCAAGAGGCUGCGUCUGCAGAAGCGUGGCACAGGUGGUGUGGACACUGCCUCCGUCGGUGGUGUGUUUGACAUCUCCAACGCUGACCGUCUGGGCUCCUCCGAGGUGGCGCAGGUCCAGUGUGUGGUGGAUGGCGUCAAGCUCAUGGUGGAGAUGGAGAAGAAACUGGAGAAGGGAGAGGCCAUCGAUAGCAUGAUCCCUGCCCAGAAGUAAACAGGGACCCAUGUGUGCAUUUUUUGCUUGUUUUCUACAAUCAAUCGUGCAAUCCAGAGGCCAGACCGCAGAGGAAACCGCGGCUCUGAAAAACGACAGACUCUUGACUCUGCUCCGUCCUUUCCUUCCUUCCUCCACCUGAAAAAAACCUUUUUCACUCGUGUUUCUUUUCCUUUCUUUUCUCAACAUCAUUUUUUCCUCCUCCUCCUCCUCCACAUUUGUUUUCUUUUAGUUGGUAACAUCCUGGGAUCAGAUGCCACAGAUACAGGCUUGCCUGAUGUGGUGAUUUCACCUUAAAUUUUGAUUAAAUUUGGUUGUAAAGUAUUCAAUCAAACUGUCAUACAAUAAAUGAACCCCAUGAAGAAAAAUCA